AAUACUCGGACUCGAUUCACUGCAACUCCCCUCCUCCGACUCCUUCCCGUUCCCCGCUACCUCAUCCCUGCUUCACCCCCUGUUGCUCGCCCGCAUUCUCUAUCCGGCCCUGCCCGCUAUCCACGAACACUGCUCUCUCGUCAUAGCCCAGGUCUGCUCAUUGCAACCCCAGCUGCAGGCAAGUUCCGUCGUCAGCGGCACAGAUAGCUGAGUAUAUAUAGAGUAUACCUUCACCUUUUGGACUCGAAAAGUUCCGUAACGAAAUAGCACUGCAAAACCGCUACGAAGCCCACAAAAGCAAUCUCACCCGCACCGUCACAUCCAAACACAACCGACUCCCACGCCAUGUCCCAACAGUCUGCCCUCCGCCGCAUCUUCUCCCUCCGCUCUCCCUACCCCUACCUCGCCGCCGCCACCGCCGGCCUCAGCUGGUGGACCUCAGUCGUCCUCUCCGGCGUAAACGUUCAAAAGGCGCAUUCCGGCAUCUUCAAAGCCGUCAUGUUCCAUCUCCGCCACGACCCAACCGCCAAGCAACUCCUUGGCACGGACAUCACCUACGAUGCCAAGCGGGAUCAUAGCGUGGAAGGAGACGUGAAUAUGCAGAAGGGGCGGGCGGAUUUUAGGUUUGGGGUGCAGGGGAGUGAGGGGAGGGCGGAGGUGAGGUUUAGGGGCAGUGGGAAGGGGGAUAAUUGGACGAGUGAGGUGUUUACGGUGGUUACGCCGGAGGGGAAGACAGUUGAGUAUUAAGGGGAUGAGGAUCGAGGAGAGGGAGAUGGAACGUGUUGUCGUAAAAGCUCUGCAGAGCAUAUGAGGAAAAGCGGAAACCCUUGAGAAUAGUGUAUGGCAUAUUUAAGAUUAAGAGCUGGGAUUUCUUCAAUGCGUUUGGAGGAUAUGUGGAAGGACGAUGGCAACCGGCUCAUGUGUCAGCUGGAUAAUGCCAAUGAACCCAUCUGUCCACGAGAACCCUCUAUGUAUGUGUAUCGAAGAUCCCCUUGGCGGCU